AAUCUAGGGCUCCAUUUAUAAGCUUCUCUACCCUCACUCUCUGCUCCGAUUAGGGUUUUGCAUCUUCGCCUCCUCUGCGUCUUCAGCUUCUACAAGUCUAGACGAACCCUAGCCAUGGCGGAACAGACGGAGAAGGCUUUCUUGAAGCAGCCCAAGGUUUUCCUCUGCUCGAAGAAGACUGGCAAAGGGAAGAGGCCUGGAAAAGGUGGGAAUAGAUACUGGAAGAAUGUUGGGUUGGGCAUCAAAACUCCCAGAGAGGCUAUUGACGGGACAUACAUUGACAAGAAAUGCCCGUUUACUGGAAAUGUUUCCAUCAGGGGUCGUCAGAUUUCUGGUACUUGCAACAGUGCCAAGAUGGUCAGGACCAUCAUUGUUCGUCGUGAUUACCUUCAUUUUGUUAAAAAAUAUCAAAGAUAUGAGAAGAGGCACUCAAACAUCCCAGCACACAUAUCCCCAUGCUUUCGUGUGAAAGAGGGAGACCACGUCACCAUUGGCCAGUGCAGGCCAUUGUCAAAGACAGUGAGGUUUAAUGUUUUGAAGGUGACUUCAGCUGGUUCUUCAGGAGGAGCUGGUAAGAAGGCAUUUACAGGAAUGUGAGCUUCAGUGUGUAACGUUUCUCAGUAGUAUUACAUUUGAAUGAGAUGAUGUUAGUUUAAGCUGAGUCCAGAUGAGACCUUUUUGCCCAUUUGUUUUUGUCAUUAACAUAUUAAAUCUUUGUAUUGGAGUUCCUGAACUUUGCCAUGCUAUAAUCAUUUAGAUUAUGGGAUCCUUUUUAAAUUGUUUCGAAAUGUGAUUGUGUUUUGCCAAGAA